AUGAACCCCAAGGCUAUUAGCGAAACACACAACAACAACCGUCAGCAAAUUCCAAAGAACGACGCAAAUCCACUUCCAGCACCUGACCGAGUUGCAAUGCCACUUUCCAUCUCGUUUUACCACAACAAACGCAGCGAAAACGCGGCCAGCUCCUACCAGAGUGUGGCACUACACGAUCGAGAGAAGGUGAAGCAUAAAAUGGCGUUACCCUGCGAGUUCUACCGCAACAUUUGGGGGCCAACGGAGGAUGAAGACGCAGCGCAACGCCGUCGCGCUCGAUCAACCAAGUCUGGCCGCUCCCCAGCGUCGGUAGCGUCGCGCAAGUUCAAGAAGCGCGUGGCAACGGGCCCUCUUGUCGACAUCGCCCAGGUGGCGCAUGUGGUAACGACAAUGUCGGACUUCCGCGCCGACUACGGUGAGGAUUCCAAGAAGGUGAGACUCGUCAACAUUUGGGACGACCGCAGUCUAGCAUUAGGAUUAGACUCAGGCUCCGCCAAGUCGACUGGCAGCAGUGCCGACAGCAAAGGUCCUUCAACUGCUGAUACCGAGCCAGAGGAAAUGAUGUCCCCUAUUAGCAGUCGAGCAGGUCGGAUCACGGAGCUCAGUUGCGAAGACAGCGACGAUGAUCUAAGCAGCUUAGCGUCCUCGUUGGUGAACCGGCAACGACCAGGCGAGCUGAAACGAGCACAGACACCCGAGAUUAUCUUCCCAAAUGCCAAGAAAACCAACCAAGGACGUGGCAAAGACAGUGGCAAGUUGAACAGGAAGGAGCUCAACUUCACAAACUUGCCAGUUCCCCCUCCAUCGUCACACAAUGGCAGUAUCAUUUUUAGUGCCGUAUUCUCUGAACAACGGGAGUGGAGUUGGAGCGCCAAGUUCCUCUUGGGGAUUCACGAACCGAUUCGGCAUGCUCUAUUCGUCAUGGAUCGGUUCUUGGAACAGUCUCAGAGCCAGUCCAAGCCUAUGGCUUCGCACACAUUGGCUCUAGAGUCCCACGUGGCAGAGUUUUUCCUCUGGUUCAAGACGUACUUCGUCGAGUAUUUGCUGUGCCAACACGACGUUAAGGCAGCCGUAUUGCUGCCAAUGCUCAACUUGCCAGUGUCGACUAAGCAGCAAAUUCUGGAUGUGUACCAGGACAUCAAACAAAUGCUGGCUCAAAUACAGCAGCUCGAGCGUGCGCUGUGUGUCAGUGGAGCUUGCAGUGCCUCCUCAUGGCUACUGCGGCUUCAAGUACUGCAAACCGAAAUCAGACAGCUAAACCGUACGCUACACUCAGCGUUGAACAUGGAGGAGACAACGUUGCAUGCAGCUAUGAGCGCUGCAUUCACUGAGCGCGCAUUCCAAAGCCACAUUAUGCCUCGCAUAUUUCGCGCCAUCCGAGCCAAACGUGUUGUGGUGCCGUGGAUUGUUGAACGCAGCAAGAUUUGGGGAGGAGAAACCGAGCAGCGCAGUAUCCAGGGCAUGCUACCGUUCUCAGCAAAGUUCAUGUACCGCAAGAUAUGGCGACCGUAUUUCAUGAGCAACGUGGCAGUGGCGAUGAAAAAUCUCAACGAAUUUGUCUGCUCAUCAGAUUCGAGCGGAAGCGCCAGCAGUGGCUCGACAUACAGCGAACGCAAUGGGGAAAUGUGCUCCAUCAUGUGAAGCAGCAGCGAGGUGGCAGUCUUUUGUUAACUUUUUCUUGAAAGCUCGAUAGCUAUUUAUUAUGGACCAACAUCAUCCAUUUCGAACUUGUGUCGUGGCGUCACCUGAGCUAGCAGAGCAAAUAGCCUGAGCAGCGAGUAGAAGCCUCAUAAGUAAUAAAAGCGCUUUCAAAAUCGUU